UCUUAUCAUUCUUCCAACUCCCCAAAACCCGACAAUGAAUGAUCAAAAACCAUCGAAGAAGCCGCAGCAAAAGCCAUGGAGGCCCUAUACAGCGAAGUGCUGCUCAACCACCGUGCGAAAACUUCCUAUUUUAGGAAACCUAAGCCGAUGUAAGCUUUCCAAAACAAAGCCAGCUAGGGAAGCAGAAGCUCCGGGGAAGGUGUCAAUCUCUGAUCUCAGCCGUUCAUCUUCCAUGAGGAUCAACGAGGAUCUUGCGCUGUCAUUUGGCGCGGAGUUGCAUGAGUUCCAGCUUAGUGAAUUACGAGGUAUCACACAGAAUUUCUCGAGCAGUCUCCUUUUAGGAGAGGGUGGAUUCGGGAAAGUUUACAAAGGCUACGUAGAUGAAAGGUUACGGGAAGGCCUCAAACCGCAGCCGGUAGCCGUCAAGAUUCUUGAUCUUGAGGGCCUCCAAGGCCACCGGGAAUGGCUAGCAGAGGUAAUAUUUCUAGGGCAGCUUAGGCACCCAAACCUGGUUAAGCUCAUGGGAUACUGCUGCGAAGAAGAAGAUCGUCUUCUUGUCUACGAGUUCAUGCCACGUGGCACCCUGGAAAAUCAUCUCUUCAGGAGAUUAUCAAAUUCAUUGUCCUGGAAUACCAGACUGAAAAUUGCAAUAGGUGCAGGCAAGGGCCUUGCAUUCCUCCAUGGUGCCGAGAAAUCCGUCAUAUAUCGUGAUUUUAAGACAUCAAAUAUUUUACUGGACUCUAAUUUCAACCCUAAGUUGUCCGAUUUUGGACUCGCCAAAUUUGGGCCGGGAGGAUCGAACACCCACGUCAGCACUCGGGUAGUCGGCACGUACGGAUAUGCUGCCCCAGAAUACGUAAACACAGGCCACUUGACGACAAAAAGUGAUAUAUAUAGUUUCGGGAUAGUAUUAAUAGAGUUGCUAACGGGUCGAAGGGCAGUGGACAAAGGGAGGCCCAAACCCGAGCAAUAUCUAGUGGAUUGGGCCAAGCCUUAUUUGACGGGCAAUCGGAGCAUACAGCACAUAAUGGAUCCAAAGCUAAUGGGCCAAUAUUCCUUGAAGGGAGCUAAAGAAAUGGGCCUUUUGGCCCAAAAGUGUGUGAGCUUGAACCCAAAAGAUAGGCCCAAAAUUUUGACAAUUAUCAAAACUCUAGAAGGUCUUCGACAUUUGAAGGACUUACCUAACAAUUCGAGCCACCGGCCCAAUUCCGGUAAGUCGGGCCCAAGACGAGGAAAAGAGAAAGGGUUUGGAUGUAAAAAUAUUUCCGUUGAAUCGAGUCACAAAAGAAAGUAAAUUUGUAAAUGAUCGAAUUUAAAAUAACUAAGUGCUUUUUAAUAUAAUGUAUAUAUUCAUUUUUCUAAUUAUUGAGGAUCCGAUUUUUAAUUUGUUUUUAGUACAAGACAACUUAUGUUAAAAAUAUAUAGGCCAACAUUACGGUGCUGAUCGAGAUUAAUGAAGACCGAAUUGAUAAUAUAUAAAAAUGUAUAACUACAACAUCUAAUAUAUAAAUAAAAAAUAUAUUAUUCAGUGCGCAUUUUUUUAU